UUUGAAAAGUUGUGUUGAAAAGAAUUAGCUUGAUGAAUGUUUUCUGGCAUCUAUUUGAUUCGGUUCUAUUUUUUCUUAUUUUGGUUUUUAUAACACCUCAUUUGAACCAAGUGAGCCGAAGUGAAGUUCUUAUCCGGAAGAAAACGAGGCUAUAUUUCCAGAAGAAUCUUAUCCAUAGGUACAACUGAAUUCAUGAGGAAUAAUUUGUCUAAAAGGAGAAUCGGCCCCAGUUUUAAAGCUUCAAAAUGAUGCCAAUGCCACCAAGAUUAAGCUGUCUGUUCCUCCACUUUUUUGCGUUUUGCUUCUAUGCUCAGGUAACUCUUCAGUCCCCGCCUAAUUUUACGCAGCACGUGAGUGAGCAUAGCAAGGUCACUGACCGGGUGAGCCGUAAGGUUAUUCGGAUGUACCAGCUCUACAGCCGAACGAGUGGCAAGCAUGUGCAAGUUCUCGGAAACAAGAACAUAAACGCUAUGGCGGAAGACGGAGACGCGCAUGCCAAACUCAUAGUGGAGACGGAUACAUUUGGAAGUCGGGUUCGGAUUAAGGGAGCAGAGAGCGGAUACUACGUCUGCAUGAACAACAAAGGGAAACUGAUUGGCAAGAGAAACGGCCAGGGGAGAGACUGCAUCUUUACCGAGAUCGUCCUGGAGAAUAACUACACGGCGCUACAAAAUGCCAAGUAUGAGGGAUGGUACAUGGCCUUCACACGCAAGGGCCGGCCGAGGAAAGGCUCCAGGACGCGCCAGCACCAGCGGGAGGUCCACUUCAUGAAGCGGCUGCCCGGAGGACACCGCAUCGCCGAGCAGCGGCCCUUCGAUUUCAUCAAUUAUCCUUUCAACAGAAGGACCAAACACAUCCGCCAUUCAGGAGAGCGCUGAGGAAGGACAGCAGUGGAAAACGGGAAGCGCAGCCAACAAAAACAGCCAA